ACGCGCGUCCCGAGCAGAGCGAGAAUCCCUGACUGUAUUCGGGGGGAAAUGUGGCUCGCCUACACCAGCCAAUCGAAAGAGAAUUGGUCUGAGACUCAUAGCUGAUAGGAAAUCCCCACACACAUUCACUGGCAUUUAAACUGUGAAACAGCUGGCCCAACUCAAGAAGGAAAUGUAACAAGUUGGACUGGGAAAGGAAUUCGAAUGCGGAGACGAAAUAAUUCAUACUAAUACUAAUAGAAUAAACGUUUAGUACCAACGUUACACGGAUCGACGCUGUAUGCCGUACUCCUACCCAAUUGCCAGUGGCACUGGUGCUAGAUGGCUAGUAAAUUGGCGAACUGAACGUGGGAAGCUAGCGAGUUCAGCCACUUCACAGUAGUAAACUUAAAACGUCUAAGUGUUGCAACAUCAGAAAUCGUCAUUUGCAAACUCCCUCACGUUUCGUUUAACUCCUUGGCAAGAGGAAGGGGCGAGGAGCAGUUUCCACGCUUGGAAUAUUCUGUUUUUUCCAGAUGCAGUGUGGAAUUAUUUUCUCCAGUCAUUUCUUUAAUUGCUUCUGUUUCUGUUUGGAUUUUUUUCGCCUGUUUGUGAAGACAGGUUCCACACCUUUUUUUUCAAAUGGUCCUGUCAUGGAGACUCAAAUGAAAGUCAUACUUCUCUGAGGUUUGUGUGCUCCAGACAGAGCAGACCGCGGACAUCGUCAGAGAGAGAAGAGUCAGUUUCCACUUGGGCUGAGUUUAGGCUAUCACUGACGGAUUAACCAUCCCCCAUCCAAGAAUAAAACCAGACCAAGGCUGCAGGACCAGGCCUGCAAAAAAGGAACUUAUUCCCCCCCCCCCAAACGAUUCUUCACAUUUUGUGAAACUGUCAAACUACCUCAAGUUCUUUUUUUUUGACGGUUUCCUGUUCUGCAGAAAGUUAACGAGGGGGAGGGAGUACUCUCUCGCCCUCUCUUUUUCUCUCUCAUCUCUGCCCCUCUUUCUGUCUCACCGGGGGUCGUCAUGACGACUGCCGUCCAACCAACAGAACUGGUGUUUGAGUUUGCCAGUAAUGGGAUGGACGAAAUGAACCAGCUGGACGACCCGUCAGUGUUUCCUGCGGUGAUCGUGGAGCAGGUGCCAGCAGCUGACCUCAUGCAGGUGUACUCCGGGCUGGAGUCAGACGAGGUUCCCAACGGCAUUAUGGCCGACAACUCCCUGGACGUAGCGGAGGAGCAGAUAAUGGGCGGAGACAUCGGGCUCUCAGAAGCAGCAUGCACAGACUCAGAGGAGAACAUGGAGACCAUAGAGGCAGCAGAAGCUCUGCUGAACAUGGAGUCUCCCAACAACAUCCUGGAUGAAAAGCGCAUGAUCCACUCCUACAACACCCUGCUGGACCCUGACCUGACCUACAUCUCCUUGCGACCGGAGCAGCUGUCCAGCAAUGGCGUGCACAUGUCGCAUGUGGAAGAAGAGUCCGCGGACGAGGUCCCGUCGAGGAGCCCCGGCAAAGCCCAGCGGAAAAGCAAAGCACGCAAACCGCGAGUGCCACGCCCCUGCUCCCCCAUCUCCAACCCCAGCCUGCCACUCAGGAAGAAGAGCAAGGAGGGCAAAGGCAACACCAUCUACCUGUGGGAGUUCCUCCUGGCCCUUCUGCAGGACAAGAACACCUGUCCUAAAUACAUUAAGUGGACACAGAGGGAAAAAGGCAUCUUCAAGCUGGUGGACUCCAAGGCCGUGUCCAAGCUGUGGGGCAAACACAAAAACAAGCCGGAUAUGAAUUAUGAGACGAUGGGGAGGGCUCUCAGGUAUUACUACCAGCGAGGGAUCCUGGCCAAAGUGGAGGGGCAGCGGCUGGUGUACCAGUUCAAGGAAAUGCCCUCUGACCUGGUCAUCAUCGAUGAUGACGACGGCCAGGUGCCCGAAUCCGGCCCUGGUCAUGGCGGGCACCGUUCGGGCCCGCACGGCAGGGGCCUCUCCCACGGGACAUCCCGGGUGGGGCGGGGGAAGGCGUCCGGGCAGCCGGUGCUGCUGCGUAGCUUGAAGAGGGAGGCCAGCCCCCCCCUGGUUUAUCGGGGCGGGAAUGACGGACAUCGAGAGCAGCUGCUGCAGACUUUGCACGUUCUGCAGCCCAACCAGGGUGCGGUUGCCCCCUCCCCCACACAGACUGUGAGGACCAUCAACGUGCCCACGUCUGUCCAGGCCUCCGUUCCCAUGGUGCUGACCUCCGGGACGCAGGGCGGAGGCACGGUCACGCUGCAGACCGUGCCGCUCUCCACCGUCCUGGCCAACGGCGACGGCGGCCACAUGGCGCCACAGAGGGUCAUCCUGCACGCCGUGCCCUCCUCCUCCGCGCCCGGGGUCAAGGACGUGCUGAGCUUCCAGACCUCUGGGCUCCAGGACGGCGGGCAGCCCCAGCAGCUGCUGGUGACCAGCCUGGGCUCGUCCUCGGGCGGGGUCAUCAGCACCACCGCCCAGUCUGGGUCGCACAACGGCAUCACCCGCCUGGUCACCCUCAACGCCAGUGGGCAGCCGGUGGUGGCGCAGCAGCCGGGGACGGUCAUCGCGACCGUGCUCAAGCCCAGCGAGUUCCACACUCUGCAGGUGAAAGAGGAAGCGUUGGACCCCCAGUACCUGCAGUCGCUGGUCAACAGCGAAGGCGUGGUGACGUUUCGGCCGGAGGAGGCGGAGGCGGGCAGGGCGGAGCUGGCCUACAGAACUGUCAUCAUCGGGCAGGCCCCGGACGCUGCCCUGAAUGGACGCGUGACGGCCGCCGGAGCCGCGGAGCGCGGCGGCCAGCUGUCCUACAGCCACAGCGAAGGCCUGACGCCCGUGGAGGAGCUGGAAAUCACCGGGGAGUCGGUCCUGCAGCCGGUGGGUGGAGUCAAAGAGGAGGACGGCACCGCUGAGCCCCUCCCCCAAGGCUUCCAGGAGCUGUCCGUCACCAUUCACGUGCCCGCCUCCGACUUCAUCGCCGCCCAAGUGAAGACGGAGCCCGUCGAGACGUAGAGCUGAAGUGAACCUCACCAAAUACCCAAAAAAAAAACAUUCCUUUUCCUAACCCUUCUGAAA